GAAAAUCAACAUUUACUAUUCGAUUACUCGUACGAGAACAGUAAUAAUGAAACUUAUUUGGAUUGCCGCAGUCAUUCUUGUAAUACUGGCCACCUUAGCAGCCGCGCAGGACCCAUCAUGCCCUGGAAGACCACCAAACCAACUGUGUCUGAAACCAAAGAAUGCCGGUACAACGGGUCGAGGCUGCAGGCCCAGUCAAAUGUGGUACUUCAAUGAACGGACACAAACAUGCGAGCGUCUCAAAUAUCUGGGCUGUGGUGGCAAUGAGAAUCGUUACUGCACUUAUGACGGUUGUAUAAAUACGUGUAUUUAAGUGACGAGCUUAGUGUGUUGCAUGUACCACUCAUUUGUUGCAAGAACAUAAUAAUCUUACUAAGUGCAUUUCAUGGAAAAAUAAAGGCUUAAUUUUUUUGCGGAAAAUGUAACGACA